GGUCGGUGAAUCUAUUGAAAGAUAUCCAGAAAAUGUCAAUUCCAUUGACUACUCUGAGUCUAUUUCUGACGGAUGCUCUCAUCCUUCAAACGUGUCUCACAAUUCCGACUCUCAUUAGCCUAUUCACUUCCGUCCCAUCCUUUCUAGGGAAGCGGACCUGGGCAGAUAUUUCUCAAUACCAGUGGAGUCUUCCAGCUUUACGCGACUUAUCACUGGUUGAACACAAGCAUAGAAGUUCAUGGUAUUCAUCGGAUGUUUGGCCAACUCACCCCUUCUAUAUCGAGCUAUUAAAGCGGCAUUUGCUAAACCUGCAAUCUUUACUCAUGCACCCUAUGACGACCCACGUAUACGACCCAAUGUCACCUCUAUGCUGGACGAAGAUGCCAAACUUGCAAGUUUUGGCUACGGAAUUCGGUAAUCGUCCGGCAGCUUUUCUUAGUCGACUUCACUUCUUGCCGAUAUCGAGGUCAGGUUCUGUCCGCCACCUGAUCCAAUUUGGCCAAUUUCCGGUUGGUAAUAGAGCAGAAACUGGGCUCUGCAGAUAUAUCCCCAUGUGUACCCGACUAGAAAGCGUUACGAUUGUGGAUUACGAUGUUGGGAAAUGGACAAGUGUAGAGACGAGCAAAGAGAUGGCUAAGUUUCGUGAUAUAUGUAGAGGAAGGGGUAUAACCGUAUGGGCACAGCGUGACGUCCAUUUUCCAAGACAACUUGUCCCA